UUCCCUUGAACAAUUUCUGACUCAAACUUAACCGGGAAAAGUCUUUUAACAUUUCAUUUCAAUUAAACCGGUUUAACUGUAAAAUCCAUCAUCAUCAUCAUCCAAAGCCCUAAAUCCUUCGGAGCAGACACAACCAUGGCGUCUCUUCUCGCCAGACGUCAACGAAGGUUCCAAUCAAACCCAUCAUCUCUCACUCGCUUCUUCUCCAACUCCUCAUCACCAGACCCACUUCCCCAAGCCGCUGAAAAACCCUCCCAGCCACCUCCACCGUCUUCCCACCCUCCACCAUCGUCGUACACUUCCCCCUUCGCCGACAUCAAGUCCACUCUGAAGCAGAAAAUACAGCAGGAGCAAGAGAGAAAGCCAUUCGCUAGAUCCUCCGAUGCUCAAGCUCCGAAUCGCGGUGGGUCUCUGGGAAUCAAACUCGCCAAGUUCCAGCGUGGAUCCACCGCUCCACCUUCAUCACAUUCUCCGCCGCCGCCGCCGCGCGUUUCCUUCGAGGCACUCUACAAGCAGAACGUUGUGGCGGAUCCUCGGAACCGCAGAGAGGAGGAGGAUAGCGAUUCGAGUAGCUUAUGGGAAAAUUUGAAGACUUUGAAGGCAAAGUCCAACGCUUUAAACAACGGCAACAACAACGCGGAGAUGAAAGGAGUGUCUUUUCGAAGUUUCAAGAGCACUUUGAAGGGAAAUGCCGGAAGAGCGGCGUCGUCUGUGUUGGGGAAUGAAAUGGAUGUGAGGAAGGGUGAAACAGAGGAGAUGAUGACGACGGAGUUUCUUAAGAUUUACAGGGAAGAUGAACUGGGUGAAAAGCUAAGGAGGCUUAGGCCAGAGGGGAAGAAGAAAGAAGAAGGAUGGUUCUCGUUGCAGGAGCUGAAUCAGAGGUUGGUUAAGCUAAGGCAAGUGGAAGAGAAAGAGGUUUAUAAUCAGCGUGGGAACGUAUCGGUUCUCAGAAAUGUUAUUGGAACGUUUCGGAAUGAGGAAGCCAUCAAUGAAGCUAUUUCCCAGCAGAAUCACGACAUUAUGGGAUAUUUGGAUGGUACCCCUGAGUACAAGCUUUAUCCUCCAAAAGAUGAUCUUGUUGAAACUUACUUCCACACAGAUAAUCUGUCCUCGGCGGAGAAGAUGAAAAUCGAGCUCACGAAAGUCAGGGAAGAUUUCAAGAUGUCGGAAUCAGAUUGUGGUUCUGCACGAGUGCAAGUGGCGCAACUCACUACUAAAAUCAAGCAUCUGUCCUCUGCACUGCACAAAAAGGACAAGCAUUCUCGGAAGGGACUUUUUGCUAUGGUGCAGAAACGGAAGAAGCUGUUGAAAUAUCUAAGACGAACUGACUGGGAUUCUUACUGCCUUGUCCUGUCAAAACUCAGCCUUCGUGACAACCCGGAUUACAAGUUCUAAAGCUUUAUGCACCCAGAGUUUCUAUCUCCGCAUUCUUUUGGUUUAGGCAACACUCUGUUGUGAGUGAGAGAAUUCGCUGUUCAAACCCCCUGUUAGGCAUUUUACUCUCUAGGGAAGAAGAAUCUCGCUCAAACUCUAUUUCGUUUCAGUUUGAGCUCUUCAAUCAUGCAUUUGCUGCAACAAAAUUGAAGCUAUGUAUCUCUUUUACUUGAUGUUUAAUAAUAGGGUGUUGUUAUUCCCUUUUUGGAUUGUGAUAAUAAUAUACGAACAUGCCUUUUCAUGA